CACUUUGACCACUUUUUCUUUCCAUCUUCGAGAAAAAGAAGACAUUUGUCCUUUGACACUCAAAUCCAGAAGACUCUUCUACUUCUUUAAAACCAGUCAUCAUGGGUAACGACCACGGUUGCAGCUGCGGCGCCUCUUGCCAGUGCCCCGCCGGCCAGUGCCAGUGCCCCGUACGUUUCCAUAUUUCUCAACUACUUGUUGAAGACUAUACUGAUAGCUCUUUGUUUUUAUCAUACAGAAAUAAACUUAUCGCUUUAAAGGGCCAUAUGAAUAGAAUCGGAGGACGACCUGCUUGUACCUAUCUGAUCUAGAUCUCAUGGAGUAGUAAUGGAAGAUGCUACGCUGAUUGUUCCAUACCUUGUUCCCUCAUACUAUGACAUGCCU